UGGUGUUACUCAAAAUCAAACAAAUAUUACAAACUGAAAGAGGUAGUAAUCAAAUGAGUUACACAUUGUGGCGAUCUUAGGAGUGUGCAAGUGAAACGUGUUAUUUUCCAUACAUUGGAUAUAUAAUAUGAACUUUUGUAGCCACAUACAUUAGAAGUCGAUCAGCUGUUUUUGGUUUAAAUUGGUUUACGUGGAACAUUAUAUACAAUACUUGUUUGAAAACAUAAAUACCUGCACGUCAGAAUGAUAGAAAUAACAGAUUUGCAAAAAAUUGGCAUCGGUCUGGCCGGUUUUGGUAUAUCGUUUUUAUUUUUGGGCAUGCUGCUUCUCUUUGAUAAGGGUUUGCUUGCAAUUGGAAAUAUUCUAUUUAUAUCUGGACUUGGCUGCGUAAUCGGCGUUGAACGAACAUUACGAUUUUUCUUUCAACGCCAUAAAGUAAAAGGAACUACAGCGUUUUUCGGUGGGAUCGUUAUUGUGUUGCUUGGUUUCCCCAUAAUCGGCAUGAUAAUCGAAUCCUAUGGAUUCUUUGCGUUAUUCAGUGGUUUCUUCCCUGUAGCCAUUAAUUUUCUUGGCCGAGUACCUGUUCUGGGGUCGCUUUUCAAUUUGCCAUUUAUGCAGAAGAUUGUUCAAAAACUUGGCGGAGAUGGAAAUCGGACAACAGUUUAACAUAGAUUAAGGACACAAAUAAAAUACAAUAUUUUUGUAAAAAGUCGAUGUCUCAUAAUUAUUGAGUAAACGAAGUUGUACAAGCAUCUUCAUCUCUUUUAAGUGGACCACUCAAAAUUAACAUCAAUU